AUGAAAUCCAAGUUGGAUUCAUCCAAGAAGACAGCGCACUUCCUCUGCACCGUUUUCGCAAUCUUUUUGCUUCAGACGGCAUCAUCGUCACCGGAUUCAGUUCCAUCUUGUGGGCUAAACUUCACUUCGCAUCCUUAUGAACCGAGUGGUGAAUGCAUUAAUGGCUUCGACGACAAAAUCGACGAAUCGGGUGGCAUUCCAAGGUCGAGCUGCUGUAGAAAUGCACUUUAUACAUUGUCUCAGGCAUUAGCCUGGCAGGCAACAACAGGAGAUGGAAGUAUUUUCAUCCAGAAAGAUCAAUGGGAAGCUUGUGAUACUGCCUUUAAUCACCAGCAGCAAUCUGUUUCUAUUAAAAACUGUAGAUUUUCUAACUUUUUCCAAGGAAGUAGUCAAUGUUCUGCCCUUAAAUUGUCCAACUUCACAAAGGAUUCGAGUUAUCAAGAUGCCCUCCAUCAGUGCUCCUCCUUCAAUCCUUCCUUCAACGAAACGUGUAAAAACUGCACUGCAGCAUUCACAACUGCAAGGGAUAAGUUCCUGAAUAAUCUAAGUGAAACUGAAAAUAAGACAGAAAAUUUUAUCUGUACAGUUGCUCUAAUCACUGCAAUCGCAGCAGGGGAAACAGGUGGUCAGUCUGUAACCGAUGAUUUCUUCAGAUGUUUGCCUGCUUUAAAUAAAUCAGAUUCAGAUGGCUAUAUCAGGUUGAAAGCUUCUCUAGCAAAAGCGAUUGUGGCGAUUCUUUUAGCUACCACCGGGAUGAUGCUAGUGAUAAUGCUGAUAAAGAAUGCCACAAAACACAACAAGAAGCAAGAGAAAAAGCAGGUUAAGGCCAAAGAGGUGGUUGCAUGUUCUGCCCUCUACACUUUCUCUAAAGCUGAGAUAGAGAAAGCUAUAAACUAUGGCAGUGAAAGAAAAUGCCUUGGCCGGGGAAGCGCCGGGGUGGUCUACAAAGGUGUUCUACCGAGUGGGCAAGUUGUGGCCAUUAAGCAUAUUCACGAGACUAACACCACAAACUCUUUCAGUAGGGAAAUCGAAGGUCUUUCUCGGGUUCGACAUCCGAACCUCGUUGGCCUAUUUGGUUAUUGCAUUGAAGAUGGAGAACAGUACUUAGUAUAUGAAUAUUGUUCGGCUGGAAACUUGGCUCAACAUCUUCUCAAGAAAGAAACUGUCCUAACAUGGGAAGACAGGGUAAAGAUCCUAAGAAACUGUGCUCUGGCACUCAGGUAUCUACAUCAUUACGGAGAUGGGUGCAUUGUUCAUAGAGACAUCAAGCUUACAAACAUUCUCUUGACUGAGAAAUUGGAGCCAAAGCUCUCUGAUUUUGGGUUGGCAAAAGUUCUAGCAAUGGAAGAGAGCAAAGUUUAUACAGAUGUUAGGGGAACCAUAGGGUAUAUGGACCCUGAAUACAUGAGCAAUGCCAAAUUGACUUGUGCAAGUGACAUUUAUAGCUUUGGCAUUGUGGCUCUGCAAGUUCUGUCUGGGCAGAAAGUGAUUGAGUUGGAUCUAGAGGCAAGAGACCAGUUGACCAGAAAGGCCAGGGAUGUGAGUAUAGGGAGACGGCCACUUAAAGAUUUCGAAGAUCCUAGGAUGCAGGGGAACUUGAAUGUGGUUGAUUUCGAGUCCAUAUUGCAGCUUGCAGUACUCUGUGUUGCAAAAUCAAGUGAUGGCCGGCCAUCGAUAGACAUCGUAUUCGAGGAGUUGGACAAGGCAUUGAAGAACACACAAGGAGACACGAAGACUAAAAGCUAUGCGGAAUCAUCACUUUCAAGAUCAAUUGAUCUAGCAAAUGCGGAAAAUGAGGUUAUAAACCCAGAGAAAUCCUGUUCAGGCAAAUUGUACAGGGGGGGAUCACCUGAUAAACAAACUUUGUGGGAAUUGCCGGUUCCCAGUGAUGGAUCAAAGGCGAUGGUACUCGAUCGUGUCCUUAAAAAUUAA